AUGGUGCGCGAGUUCGUCCACGAGUCGGCCUACGACCACUCUUGGUCGUCGUGCGUGCGCGCCUACUACCUGCGCUACCCCAACCCGAACGCCACGCACAUCCUCUCGGUCGAUGUCCUGGAUCGUCGGAUCGAGUACCGCCCGCUGGCCAGCCAUCAGCCAGCGCGGUCCCUCCAGGCUUCCGCCUCCGCUUCUUCCUCAUCCGCCUCUUCGUCAUCCUCUAUCUCGCCCUCCGAGACGACGAUACCGGUGCUCUGCACCACCCGCCUCAUCCUGAAGCGGGGCAACCUGCCAAAGUGGGCGCCCGCGGGCCUCAUCAAAAACGCAGAGAGCUGGGUGCUCGAGGAGAGCGAGGUGGAGCUCGACCUCUUCCCGCCGCGAGCCGGUGCGCGCAAGGAGUCAGAGUCGUUGGGUUCCAAGAGCCUCAUGGGCCGCACAAAGAAUGGACGCACCAUGCGCAGCUGGAGCCGCAACAUCGACCACACAACCGUUCUGGCCGUGUCCGAGGGCCUCGCGUUCAAGGAGCGCUUCGGCUUCAUGGCACCCAACGACAAGGACAAGGGCAAGGGCAAAGAGCGGGAGCAGCAGCCGCAGCAGCUCGAUGCCGCCGCCGCCGGCGCCUCGUCGGACCUCGGUCUGCGCUGGCGGAACUUUUGCAAGACGAUCACCACAGCCGAGAUUGAGUCGCACGUCGGCAUCGGCAUGCUGCGGCGGAGGAUUGAAAAGUUUGGCUUGGAUCGCUUCGUGGCGCACAAGGACACUUCGCAACAGGGCAUCCUGUGGACGCGCGACCGCCUGGACCCGACUUUCCGGGCCUCGCCGCAGCAGCAGCUGACCAAGGACGAGCAGUUCCGGCGCGCCUCGAUCCCGGAAAAGAAGCUCAAGAUCCUCGAGUCGCUGCGGCCGCCAUUCCUGGACGGGUACCCGCUGGGCCCGCUGCAGAAGCUGCGGUUGUGGUGGUGGUCGGGCCAUUACUCGCAGGUCAAGGCCAUCCGCGACGGCUAUCCGAUCGUCAGCGACGACGAAGAGGCCAAGCAUGCCGACGGUCUCGCGGGCGACGGCGACAGUGGCGGUGUGGGCCUCGUCGGCGGCGGCGGUGGCAGCGGCGAGAGGGAGGAGAGGCGGUACCGCGGCGAGCCCGACGAGAGCGUGUGGCGCAACCUGAGCGGAGAGGCCGGCCAGGGCGUCGUCUACUCGGACGUGGAGCGAUCGGCCGAGGGCGGCAUCAUCUACCGCCUGCGGAAACGGCUGGGACUGCGGCCCGAAGCUGGUCCCGGCCUGCUGGCGAGGGCGCGGGAGCGGCUCAGGUCGCUCUCGCCCGCCACCACCGCCGAGGCACACCGGCAGCAGGACGAAAUCGACAGCCAGAGGAGCGUCUGA